GUUUUAACACAGUGCUAUUUUUUGGUGCACAAGUUAUGAGAAGCUCAACAGAAAGACUUCAGCAAUGGCAGAGCAGAAGUUUAACAACACACCAGUCAAUCUAAAACCUAAAAAGCGAUGCCAGUCAGAAGUUAAAACGAAGGAAAACAGCAUGUUUGAAGAAAUGAACAUGAAAAAUAAAGAAACUAAACAAACUUCUGACACAAAUGGUUACCCUUUAAGUCUUUCAGUACGAAGGCAGGAAGAAAAUUUAUAUGAAGAAAUGAACGUGAAAAACAAAGGAACUGAACAACCAUCUGACACAAAUGAUAAGCAGUGUGCAUGUAUAAAAUUUUGUACAUCAGUAACCAUUUGCUGGGGUAUUCUGUUACUGAUCAUGGCCCUUCACAUCUAUUUUACCACAUUGUUAAUUCAUAAGAACAAAGACUUAUUGAGGAGUCAACUCAACUGGACAAACACCUCCACUGCCUUUGAAACACAGAUCAGAGACCUCAUUGCAGAAAACCAGAACCUAACAGAACAAAUAAAACUCAUGAAGAUGGAGCUCAAUCUUGGUCCAGAAAAGGCAUGCAAAGCUUGUCAGGAGGGCUGGCUUACCUUUGAGUCAAACUGCUAUGCAAUUAAUGAUGCUGAACCUCAUGAGCAGAAAACCUGGAAAGAAGCUCGAGAAAACUGCAAAGGAAAGAUUUCUGAAUUGGCUGUUGUAAUUAAUGCCGCAGAAAAGAAAUAUAUCAGUGACAAAAGCUGGAAGAGUUCAGGAGAAAAUGGAUACUGGAUUGGUCUGAGAGCUGAAGGUGGGAAAUGGACAUGGGUGGAUGGAAGUUAUCUGACUGAUAACUCCUGGAUUCAGCAGCCUCCUUCUGAUGGCCUCUGUGUAAUUUCUGUCCAAAACGAAGGAUUUAAAUCAGUGAACUGUGACAAGAAGAAACAAUGGAUUUGUAAAAAGAGACCCUAACUGUAUGAAUUAGCACAUUUAAACUUCAAAUUACUUUUGCAAUCUAUAAAUAUAAUUGCAUAUAAGCCAAUAGCCUGCUACACUACUGUGGAGAAGGAGUGCUUGCCAAUCCGGUGGUAGAUCAACUCCCUUCGUUAUUCCCUUCUGGGCCGCCCUCUCAUCCUCUUUUCACUAGAGGUCAACUGGUUCUGGGCUGUUUUGAUAACAUGACGAAAGCAUACUAAGAGGGCCUUGUGACUGAUCAGCAGAUAUCAUGAGCUGAUAAGGGCAGGAAAUAUGUCUUUUAAACUAAUACUUUACCUUGACUGGCAUACAUGCAUUACAAUUGAUGGGUUUACUGCUGAGAGCCCACUGCAGUAAUCGUGAUAAUUCAUAUUUCAGUCUGCAAUUAGGUUAAUCUUUUAGAACAAUGCAUUUUGCCAUUGUGAUAUAAAAAAGAUUUACAAUUGUUUUAAAAUGUCAAUUAUUUCAUUACCUUCUCUAAAGCCAGCGUUGCAUAAAUUAUAAGUCAUGCCUCUGCUAGUUUCGCUUUCUGAUAGAAAUAAAGAUUAUUGUUAAAGGUUCCGUGGGCAGCAGGUAGGAAUUGGACUCAAAAAUACAGGAGUAGGGGAAAAAAGGAACAAACUGAAAAAGCAGUUUUAUUGAUGAACACAAACCAAGUACAAAAUAAUGAAGGUCAAACACAGAUACCAAAAACUGGCACUCUAUCAAGGACCCCAUCAAAGUUGGAGCAAUACAGAAUGCACACAGCAAAAGGGAAACAUG